AAACAGACAACAGAUGGCUUGAUAAACUCUGUAUCUUGUAACAUGCUACCUUGUGUUGUUAACUUAUACAUCAGUGUUCUCUACAUGUUCUCUAGGUUCUGGGAAUGGUUUUACAACAAAACGUCUUUUAGCAGUGACAUUAAUAAUGUAUUCAUGUCUGUGUUACCUAGGCAUUCUAUAACAUUUUUACUGCAUUCCAACAAAGGUUAGACAACUUCAAAAACUCCAUUAUCUUUGCUGUAGUUUAAAUGUGUGGAAAGAUACAGAUUGCACUACCAGACUCCAGGAACAUGGACAACAUUGGAGCUACUUGUCCUUGGCUGGUUUAAUGUUCUAUUUACCUCAGACUACACAUAUAAACAUUACAUUUUGUAGAUUUUAUUACUUGGUAAAGCAGGAUUCAAUUGGUAACGCUGGCCUUUUACAUAUAGGAAUUUGGUGUGCGAUAUAAAGCCCUGUGCACCUAAACCCUCAUGACCUCCAAAGAAUGAAUGACCAAAUCACUCAUUGUCAUUGUAUGAUUUUGUAGUUUUUUGUAAUGAAUGGAGCAGCCGGCCAUGCUGCUGUUGUAGUCUUGGCUGAAUUUAACUGACUAUACCAAGUGUUUGUGCAUUGUAUUGUGACAUUACGUGUUUGUUUGGAAUUGGCUAGGUAAUGAGAAAACUCAACAAAGACUUGAUGACAUUAACAAGUAUUGCUGGUGCUGCCUAUUCUUCGUGCCACAGGCCUCUAUUGUUGUCUAAGCACUAUUAAAAACACAACAAUGAGCCACACCAUUGCACUGGGAGACAUGUUACUUUAUUACAAUGAACCUGAGCACUUUGAGUCCUGGUGCUGAAAAUAGUACCAACUCCCUAUUAAACCAUGAGUGAUUGCUUAAAAAAGGACACUAAUGGUGUCCAGAGGUUGCAGGAAAUUAUCUAAGUUGUCAUAGAAUUAGAAAUUAGAUUUUUUUAUUUACAUCUUCAGUAGCAACAAAGGUGCUUGUGGGUGCCACAGACAAGGUGGAAGAGAGGAAGUAUUUAAAGAUGGACUAAUAAACUGUUGAUGUUGGUCUUUUCAUGGGAUUUGUCAAGAAUAAAAUAAUAAAGACUUAUGCCAGCCACAUCUUUUGGUACCAAGAAAUUAGUUUUGUGACUUGCUAACUUGUUAACGUAAACUGGUCACAGACUUUGAAAUAUCUUAAUCCAGUGAAUUUCAGUGUAACACCCUCACACUGUAGAAGUCUCCUCCAUGAGCUGAUUGUCGUCCUAAGGCGAGAGGGUGGGAGACAUGGAGGGAAAUCAUUAAUGCAUGGCUUGACAAGGCAACAGGCAGAGAGGAAGGGAUUGCUGAGCUAGAGUGAUUGCAUAGGAGAGGUCACUUACUGUAGAAUGAGAGAGAACUAGAGGUGAGAUAGCAGCAGCAGCAGCUCUUCAGCUCAGCCCAUCCUCCCUGUGACAGCGCAGCGUUACGUGCUUCCUCUCCGCUUUGUCGUCAGAGUAGCCCCAGCCUCCCGCCCGCGCACAACUCCUCUCCGCUCUGCACCAGAAAGGAGCAUCCUCUUCUCUCCGCCCUCCCUCUCUUUCGCAUCCCUUUCUCUCUCUCCCUCUCUCUUUCUCUCUCUCACUCUCUCUGGCAGUCGGUGUGUCCUCACGAUGAGUUUAGCAGCACCAGUAGCAGCAGCAGCAGCAGUAGAUAGAGACAGCCAAGCCAUAGUUACUGCAGCAGCCAGGAGAGGCUGUCUCUCAGCCGUGCACCAUCUACCGCUGCAUUCACCCCUGACCUGAGAACGCAACACUCAUUUCUUGUGCUCUCUGUCUUUCUCCCUGCUCCUCCCUCACCUUCUGUCCUCUUUGAAUUCAUCUCUCGAAUUCGUCCCCCCCCUCCCUCUCUCUCUCUCUCUCUCUCUCUCUCUCUCUCUGUCUCUCUCUGUCUCUCUCUCUCUCUCUCUCUCUCUCUCUCUCUCUCUCUCUCUCUCUUUCUCUUUCUUGUUCUCCCUCUCUCUCUCUUUCUGUAGCAGUGAUGGGGAGGACCACCAUGUAGAGACAGAGAGGCAGCGGAGGCAACAGCAAAAUAGCAGCAAUGGGAAGCCACACAUGGAGCGGGUCUGGACUGCAGCCGUGGUGAGCCUGAGACCUACAGGACUUUCAACCACCAUCAUUGCCCUUCUCAGGACCUGACCACUGGGGCUGUCCAACGCUCACCUGGAUGCUCCCCACUUGUGUUUCGUCAUCCCCUCCUCUCCUUGUUCUCUGCUGUUCUUUCUCCUCUUCUGUUUCUUCUCUCUAAUGGUUUUUGGUCUGCCGAUACCUGACAGUCACUCCUGAAACAGAGAAGCUGCUCAUCGAUUGAUCCCCUCGGAUUCCCCCCUUCCCCUUUUUUUUAAUCUCUCUAUCUGCCUACUUUACCUACCAGUGGCAUUAUUUUUCUUUUUUUUUGGUUGUCUUUGCCUGCUUGAUACCUAUUUUGGAUUUUUUGGGGAUGAGACUGAGCUCAUCUCUUGUGCAAGCUUUUUGAUUGAUCUAUAAGCAAUAACAAACACUAAUCUAACUGACUUGACUAGCUGCCAUCAUGGGGGACAUGUCCAACAGCGAUUUUUAUGCCAAGAACCAAAGAAACGAGGAGAACCAUGCGGCAGCCUUCGGCUGCUCGGUCAUGGAGCUUCGCUCGUUGAUGGAGCUGCGUGGCCCAGAGGCGGUUGUCAAACUCCAGGAGGACUACGCGGGCGUAGAGGGUCUCUGCAAACGACUGAAAACCUCACCCACAGAAGGUUUCCCAGGUGCCCAAACUGACCUGGACAAGAGAAAAGAAAUAUUUGGUAAAAACCUGAUACCUCCAAAGACGCCAAAAACCUUCCUGCAGCUGGUAUGGGAGGCCCUGCAGGACGUCACCCUCAUCAUCCUGGAGAUCGCUGCCCUGAUCUCCCUGGGACUCUCUUUCUACCACCCCCCCGGAGAGAGCAACGGAGAGUCUUGUGGCGCGGCAGGAGGUGGGGUAGAGGACGAAGGCGAGGCGGAUGCCGGCUGGAUCGAGGGCGCAGCUAUCCUGUUGUCUGUGGUGUGUGUGGUGCUGGUGACGGCCUUCAACGACUGGUCGAAGGAGAAGCAGUUCCGUGGGCUGCAAAGCCGCAUCGAGCAGGAGCAGAAAUUCCAGGUGGUCCGUGGUAGCCAGGUCAUACAGCUGCCAGUGUCGGACAUAGUGGUAGGGGAUAUCGCACAGAUCAAAUACGGUGAUCUGCUUCCCGCUGAUGGAGUGUUGAUCCAGGGCAACGACCUGCAGAUUGAUGAGUCAUCACUGACCGGCGAGUCCGACCACGUCAAGAAGUGUGUAGACAAGGACCCCAUGCUGUUGUCUGGCACCCACGUGAUGGAGGGGUCAGGGCGCAUGGUGGUGACUGCUGUUGGUGUCAACUCUCAGACUGGAAUCAUCUUCACCCUGCUGGGGGCCGGCACAGAGGAAGAGGAGAAGAAAGAGAAGAAAGGUAAGAAAGAUCAGAGACGUUGUAAAAUGCAAGAUGGCAAUAUGGAGAGCAACCAGAUUAAAGUAAAGAAGCAGGAUGGAGCAGCUGCCAUGGAGAUGCAGCCUCUAAAGAGUGCUGAAGGUGGAGAGUCUGACGAGAAAGAGAAGAAGAAGCGGUCUGGUUCGAAGAAAGAGAAGUCUGUGCUCCAAGGGAAGCUGACCAAACUGGCUGUCCAGAUUGGCAAAGCAGGUUUGCUCAUGUCAGCCAUCACAGUCAUCAUCCUGGUCCUGUAUUUUUGUAUUGACAACUUUGUGAUGCAGAAGAACCCUUGGAUGCCAGAGUGCACUCCCAUCUACAUCCAGUACUUUGUCAAGUUCUUCAUCAUCGGUGUGACUGUGUUAGUGGUUGCCGUGCCGGAGGGGCUGCCACUGGCUGUCACCAUCUCCCUGGCCUACUCUGUCAAGAAAAUGAUGAAAGACAACAACCUGGUGCGUCACCUGGAUGCAUGUGAAACGAUGGGCAAUGCUACAGCCAUCUGUUCCGACAAGACAGGCACGCUGACCACCAACCGCAUGACGGCUGUGCAGUGUUACAUUGGAGAUGUGCACUACAAAGAAAUCCCAGAACCUGGAGCUCUGCCACCCAAAUCACUGGAGUUACUGGUCAAUUCCAUCUCCAUCAACAGCGCCUACACCACCAAGAUACUGCCCCCAGAUAAGGAAGGAGGUCUGCCGAAGCAGGUAGGCAACAAGACAGAGUGCGGCCUGCUGGGAUUGGUCAUGGACCUGAAGCGGGAUUAUCAGCCAAUAAGAAACCAGAUCCCAGAGGAAAAGCUUUACAAAGUCUACACCUUCAACUCGGUCAGGAAGUCCAUGAGCACAGUCAUCAAAUUGUCUGAUGGGAGCUUCCGCAUGUACAGCAAGGGAGCCUCUGAGAUCGUGCUCAAAAAAUGCAGCCAUAUCCUGAACGAGGUGGGUGAGUCGAGGGUUUUCCGUCCACGGGACAAGGACGAGAUGGUCAAGAAGGUGAUCGAGCCCAUGGCAUGCGAAGGCCUUAGGACCAUCUGUGUAGCGUACCGUAACUUCUCCGGUGAUCCCGAGCCCUCCUGGGACGACGAGUCCAGCAUCCUCAAUGACCUCACAGCCAUCUGUGUUGUUGGGAUAGAGGACCCUGUCCGGCCAGAGGUGCCCGAUGCUAUCAAGAGGUGCCAGCGUGCUGGCAUCACAGUGCGCAUGGUGACAGGAGACAACAUAAACACAGCCAGGGCCAUAGCCAUCAAGUGUGGUAUCAUCCACCCCGGAGAGGACUUCCUCUGUAUCGAUGGCAAAGAGUUCAACAGGAGGAUCCGCAAUGAGAAAGGAGAGGUGGAGCAGGAGCGUAUCGACAAGGUUUGGCCUAAACUCCGAGUUCUGGCCAGAUCUUCCCCAACCGACAAGCACACACUCGUCAAAGGCAUUAUUGACAGCACUACAACAGACCAGAGGCAGGUGGUGGCUGUGACAGGAGAUGGGACCAAUGACGGACCUGCACUAAAGAAAGCUGAUGUCGGAUUCGCCAUGGGUAUUGCUGGUACAGAUGUGGCCAAGGAGGCGUCAGAUAUCAUCCUGACUGAUGAUAACUUCAGCAGCAUCGUUAAAGCAGUAAUGUGGGGCCGGAACGUCUAUGACAGCAUCUCCAAAUUUCUCCAGUUCCAGCUGACUGUCAACGUUGUGGCCGUCAUAGUGGCUUUCACUGGCGCCUGCAUCACACAGGAUUCUCCUCUUAAGGCCGUGCAGAUGUUGUGGGUGAACCUGAUCAUGGAUACAUUUGCAUCUCUGGCCCUGGCCACAGAGCCUCCCACAGAGGCUCUGCUUAAGAGGAAGCCAUACGGUCGUAACAAGCCUCUAAUCUCCAGCACCAUGACGAAGAACAUCCUGGGACACGGAGUCUAUCAGCUCGUCAUCAUUUUCACACUGCUCUUUGUUGGAGAGAGGAUCUUUGACAUUGACAGCGGCCGUAAUGCUCCUCUCCACUCCCCUCCAUCUGAGCACUACACCAUCAUCUUCAACACCUUCGUCAUGAUGCAGCUCUUCAACGAGAUAAAUGCCCGCAAAAUCCACGGAGAGAGGAACGUCUUCGAUGGUAUCUUCAGGAACCCCAUCUUCUGCACUAUUGUUUUUGGCACCUUUGCUGUGCAGAUUGUGAUUGUGCAGUUUGGAGGGAAGCCAUUCAGCUGUCAACCUCUGAACAUAGAAAAGUGGAUGUGGUGUGUUUUCCUCGGACUGGGAGAGCUUGUCUGGGGACAGGUGAUAGCCAGCGUACCCAAUAGCAAGUUGCGUUUCCUGCGGAGGGCUGGCCAGUUAACUCAGAAAGAUGAGUCACCAGAGGAGGACCCAAAUGAAGAUAAUGAGGAGAUUGACCAUGCAGAGAGGGAGCUGAGGAGAGGACAGAUCCUCUGGUUUAGAGGACUCAACCGCAUUCAGACUCAGAUUGAUGUAGUCAACACCUUCAAGAGUGGCACCUCCUUUCAGGGGGCGGGGGCUCUGAGACGCCAAUCAUCCACCACCAGCCAGACCCAGGAUAUCCGCGUUGUGAAUGCAUUCCGUAGUUCUCUCUAUGAAGGCCUGGAAAAGCCAGACUCCAGAUCAUCUAUCCACAACUUCAUGACACACCCCGAGUUUAGGAUAGAAGACUCCACGCCCAACAUCCCGCUCAUCGACGACACGGACGAUGAUUCUGCUCGGAGGAUGAAGUACUCCAGCCAGCCCUCAUCCCCCAACAAGAAUAACAACGCCAUCGACAGUGGCAUCAAUCUCACCAUCGACACCAGUAAAUCAGCCGCCUCCUCCGGCCCCGCCAGCCCUCUUCACAGCUUGGAGACCAGCCUCUAACCCUGAUCCUAACCUCAGCUCUAACCUCUAAUGUCGUUUCCUUGCAGUCUGGGGGCACCUUAUCUAAUUCCUCCAGAUAUUUAACUGCAACCUUACACCUCGUCACCCCCACAAUUUCACCUACUCCAUCUCAAUUCUCAUUUUCCAACCCCCCCCCCCCCGUACCCCCAUUUAUUCCCCCACACAGGACAGGUCCUGUGACAAAAUCCUCAUCUUUCCUCCCUUAACCUUGAGCUCUUAAAGCUCUCUCCGCUCCUCUCGAAAUGGAGAAAAUCUAAAGUAAUAUGUCAAGGUGAAAAGAAAAACAAACUUAUCAUACAAUCAAAAAAGCGCAACAAAGCCACAAAACCUACACAGCCAUCGUGCUUUUGUGGUUGUGUGUGUACGGUGACGGCGGUGGCUGUGUGUAUGACUAUAUGCGUGUUAGCAUGUACUGUAUAAGCGUGCCGCUGACUGCACAUGUGUGUGACUGUGUCUUUAGUGGCAUCGGGAGGAGGACGAUGAGGAAGGAGACACUGCUGAGAGGAGUAAAAAUCACAAAACAGGACAGACUCGAAACUCCCCUUACACUCCCUCUCCUCAACAAUAACAUUGUCAAUACUGAUAAUAGUUUAAAUUAAAUUGAAAAACAUUGUUAUUAUUAUGAUUCUGAUUCUGAUUAUUAUUGUUAUUAUUAUUGUUGCUCCUGCAUGAAUGUACAUUGCCCAAGUUUUAUUUUAAAGGGUUUUACUUUUAUGGGAGAUCUUUUGUUCAGAUGGGCUCGGCCUUGCAGCGGACUACUAUUUUAAUGACGGCUUCUCUGAGAUCCUGGCCUGCAAAGUUCCCUCUUCUGUGUGGCAUGAAACAUGUACCCGACUGUAAACAUUUAUUUCAUCCAUAAACAGAAAUGUGUAACGAGGUGGUGGGGCUCAACUUGCACAGUAGUUUUGCACCUAUCGGAAAAGAGGAACGCAAAAUAAUAAUGAUGAUGAGAGCAUUUAUGGUAUAUAAUCUAUAAAUAUAAAUACAUAUAAAUAUAUUUAGAGAGAGUUUAUCUUUGUUUGUCGGCAUGUUGCCUUGUUCCUGCUUCAAUGGCUCAAAAUACUUUGACUUAUUUAUGUCUUAAAGAGAAUGUAAUUUGUUUACAACCUCGUAGAGAUAAACUUCCUGGUUUCUAGAAGGAAAGAGGCAAAACUGAAGCUCAGAAGGACCGGAGCUGCGUUGGUGUGUUAUUACUGAAAAAAACGUGCUGGAAUUUGCCUGCUAUCUUUUCAAAUAUUGUAGAUAUUUUUAGAGGAUUAACAAACAAAAAGAAACCAAAAUAUAAUGGGAUACGUAGUAAAUGUGGAAUCUUAGUAUUACUCUUUAUGAUUGUUGGGAUCAAGUUGGAGUGGCUUGCCUUUUCUAAACGGAGGCCUCCUUUUUGUGACAGAGGGGGAAUAUUUAAUUAUUUUUAUCACUUCUCUUUUUUUAUGAGUUUUUUUGUUUUUGUUUUUGUGCUUCAGCGCUGGCCUGGGGUCAGGGCUCGAGUCAAAGGCUGAUAUCAGGACCUUUACAGUGAACUUUCUUCCAGAUAAACCUGCUUGUUCAAAGGACUUGAUGUUUAAAAAAUGUGUGUGACCACCAAAAAGGCUGCAUUCAAGUCACAUUAGACAUCUACAGAUUUAUAUUUGUCUUAUCUGUGCAGCAUGGAAAUCAGACCUUUUUUUUUGUUUUUGUUAAAAUUUUGAAAGAUAUUGUGUUGUUUAUUUUUUUAAAUUUAAUUUGAAUUCAUUAUUUGUUAAAAGGAUUUCAGUUUCCUCUAGCAGAGUGACACACGCAGCCCCACAACACUGUUGGCAUUUUUAACAUCAAAAAAAGGAAAACUGACACAAAAAAAAAUGACAAAUUACAACAAACAUGGAAUGUUGCUUUGACUCUUUUUCUAUAUAUAAAAAAGACGAUCCUUUUCUGCACUAUCUGGUUAUGAAUGAAAACUUCUGUGGUGUAAUUCUAGAUGUGCUUUUGUGUGUUUUAACCAAGCUUGUCCUGCCGUCACAGAAUAUACAGUACUCUAGCAUCUCAACUGUACUCACUAGUCGUGAACUAUUUAUUGUGCUUUGACCAAUCAGACAUUACCAGAGAUAAGUUACAUACAGAAGGCACAUUUAAGCAGUCUUAUUGCACUCAGAAGGACAAGGCCACUUAACUAGUCUGUACUAUUGUUAUUUCUAUUACUAACCGAAGUCAUUGGCAAGCAUGACGUGAGAGGCUCAUUAUGCAACUUGAAAAAAUUAACGAUUUUUCUACUUAAAAAAUCCUAUACACUACUUCAGUAUAUUCAACAUUUAUCCGAGCUGUUUUUUUUUCUUUUUUCUAUCCUCCUCCUCUGUCAUUUCCCAGUCGAUCCGUCCAUCUGGAAAGGGUGCACAAGCUUUACCAGUCAGCUCAGGCGUGUUGAAAAAGUAAUAUGGACCAUUUGAAUAAUAUCUGUCUUAUUUAAGUUGGAAAAAAAACUGUCUGGAUUCUGAUAUUCUGCUUAGAAGCUGUUGAUUUAUUUUGUUUCCCUUUCCAGUGUUUUAACUUGACAAUUUAUUUGUUUAUUUGUCUGUAAAAAAUUAAAAACAAUAAACAAAAAACAUAACAACAGCAUUUUCAAUAAAAAAAAAAAAAAAAAGACUUAAGCCAACAUUUUCCAACCACUUUUACAUCCAGAAGGACAUUCAGCUUUAAGAGAAUGCAAACACGAGUUUAAAAAUAAUCUUUGUAAAUACAGCAAUGAGUCCACUGAGGACAGAAACUCCAUGCGGACUGGUGUGAAAAUCCAUCAUACCCCACGAGUCAUACUGCCGAUGCAGCUGUCUGGCUGUAUGUAAUCAAUCACUGCUCCUGUCAGAAACACUUUAAAACAACAUGAUUACAUCCAAAUAAAUACUUGUGUUGUAACGACCAAUGAUUAUGUUAAUGAUGACCCCGAAGAUAAUGAUGAUGAUGAUGAUAUCAAUGAUACUUCUUGCAAUAUACUCUCACCUGCCUCGAUGUACUGUAUUUAGCAGCAUGCAGUUUGUGGAACAAAGAAAAAGAGAAAUGCCAACAGAUAACUUUUUGGCAUACUUAGCCAUUUAUGGGUAAGUGAUCUAAGUGUUCAUCUUGUUUUUAUGAUAUUUUUUUUAUCUAUACAAUAAUUGUAAAUAAAGAACUCAAUGUCUUUGUUCAUUUAAUACUAUGCAAAAAGUCAUGCUUUUCUGAUUGUUACCCACCCUUAAUCCUAGAGUGUGUUGCUGGAAUAUUUGUGGUCUCAAAAGUCAGUAAAAAAACAAUGUGAUGUAAAUUAUUUUUUAGCUUGAGAGAAGUAAAAUGAUGAUGAAAUUAUUAUUAUGAUACCAUGAGGGGGAUGAUAAUAAUGGUGGUGACAGUGAUGAUGAUGAUGAUAAUGAUGAUGAUGAUGAACUGUGACUCUUGCUGCUUGACUGUCCCAUUUACAACACUCCUGACAGGAGCGCAAGUGAAAAACUAAAUAAAAACCAACCAAAAAAAUAUUGAAAAACCCUAAAUAAAUCUCCCAGAGCAGCAUGACCCAGCAUGGUGUGUCCUGGCCCCGUGUGACAUGUCCUGUUCUGAUUCGUUGUGCUUCACCUUUCAGUGUCAACUUUGAUUGUUUUUCCAUUUUCAUUGUUUUGUUUGAAAAGGUUCUGCUUAUAGAAUGUGGGGGUUUCAGUGUGGUCUAAAGGAGCUCUUGUUGUAAUGCACCGUAAACCAUUGGGUCCCAACCUUUUUACCUCAUUACCCUUUCAAGCGAGGAAAUAUUAGGGCAUCCUGAUGUCCAAGGGGUUUAAGGCGAUGACCAUGUACAGUAUUUCUUGCAACAUCGCUGGUUUCCUUUUGUCUCAUAUCAUUACCAUCUUUCUAACCCUUUCCUCUCAGUUUAUACCAUCUCCUCUCCGAUACAGGCAUAAAAUGUUUUUGAAAAAGUGAUCCAGCAAAGUGUGAAUCUGAGAUUGUUACAGUAGAGGCCUGAUGAUGUAUCACUAUCCCUUAUUUCAUAAGAAAUCAACAGCCAUGUGGACGGUUCAGUGAGUCUGUACUUAGGCACUGUGGUGCUUUGAGCUAACUGCAAUGACGACGCAAACCUGCUCAUGUUUAGUUGGUAAACAUUUUUACAAUGUUCUUCUUAGUACAGUAUAUUAGCAUGCUAACAUUUACUAAUUAGCACUAAAUAUACUCGACAUAAACCAAAGUGUUGAAGAAAUUGAAAUUUUUGAUAUGAAGGUGGUAUUAGAUUGACAGUCAGGGGAUCAUCAUUGUCUUUAGGAUUUACCCUCUGGGGACCCAGCCCGCCCUCAGGGCGUCAAAUACAGACGCACAAGGCCCUUUUUAAUGUCUGUAUGAGACGCACUGGGCUUUCAAGUAACUACAGUGUAAAUCAAUUUGCAUUAUUAACAGACAUAGAGAAUGCUCUGGGAAUGUGAUGACAUAAUGACUGAAACAAAAUACCAUACAGGGUAUCUUGAAGUUCUGUUGGUGAUGUCUGUGAAGUCUUUUCUGCACUUGUGAUACGUUGUUUACGUUUUACUUGGGUUUCAUAUUUUUUAACCAUGAUGUUUUUUCUAAACCUAACUAAGUGGUUUUUGUUGCCUAAACCUUAGCGAGUGUUUUUGUUUGAAUUCAGAGUGAUAACCGUGUUUUUACUGCGAUGUGGCGUGUCAUAGUUUGACGCACUAUUAGAAAUGGACGUCUGAAGAGCAUUACAGCACGACUUAGUCUUCUUUCCAUUUUUAACUAAAUUGAUAGUAUCAUUUCGCUUGUAGACUCUGAGACUCCUCAAGCCCAAGCUGUUUGCCUAUGAGGGAGAGAUGGAUGGAUGGCAACCAUGUCCCAACCCAACAUUCCUCUUGCAUUUGCAAACAGUUGAGUCCUUGAAGACAUGAUUAAUAUCUAGGUGAAAGAUGGAGCUUGUUGUAUAAUAGAAAGGUCAUAGAAGGACUAUGACCACUUGAGGGCAGUAUUUCACUAGAGAUAACUGAAGACGCCAUUAGGUCGUCCCUCAUCAUCCGUGUGGUAAUCCCUGUAAAGUGUCUCUUGAGCAUCAAUGCUCUUAUAAGUGAGUGGUGCAAAGGAAUCCGUUGCAUCAUUUCAGUCUCCAGAACUUAAUUAGGUUGAACAUCACUGUUGUUCACGACAAGUAGAGGGAAGACUUAAUAAAAAGAAAAGUGUCACUGUGCUCAUCAGUGUUUAUCUGAGGUUAUGAGGACUUUGGACAAGUUUGAAACUGAAUUUGAAGAACUUAAUGGGAAAUUUGUCUUGAAGUUUUGUGUCACUUUAGUCUGAAAAAACAACUGAAUGUAAUAAUAGUCAAGUUAAACGCCUUUCAUACCAUUUGAAAUGAUAAAACCUGCAUUCAUUGUUUUUUUCAUCACUUGGGGCAACAAGCAAUAAACUCAACAUCAACAUAUGAUCACCUUC